AUGCCAACACCAAUUCCUCCCUUCCUCCUCCCACGAGGCCUCCCAACUGCCCGGACCCUCCGCACCCUCCAACAAAAUCACCGCGCCUUAAGCACCACCUCCGCCCUCUCAGCACGCAGUAACAGAAAGCCUGAAACAAACAAGAACCGCAUCCUUGAGAAACCGGACAAGUUCCGGCCCCCUUCGCAUCCGCAGCGCGCUGUUAAUCCGGCUACUCGCACGGCGUCUGGCCAGCCGAUUACUUAUGGGCCACGAUUGACGAGUGCUCAGCGCGAGGAACAGAAUAAGAAGCAGUAUCCUAAUAUGUUUCCGCCAGAGGGGACGGUGAUGUUUAAGUUUUUGACUAGUCGAUGGAUUCAUAUUUGGAUUGCUAUGAGUAUCCUUACAUCUCUCGCUACUUUCACCUUUACUACAAACUUCAAGGCUACUUCGCCUUUUGCUCAUCUUCUUCCUUCCUGGUCGGGACUGUUGACUGCGCCUUUCGAUACUAUUUCGCAGGCUUUGUCGGUUUAUCGUAUGCAUGUUCAGCAUGAGUCGAUGCGUGUACGGGAGCAGAGACAUCGUAGAGUGGAGGAUGCUGAGAAGCGGAGACAGUACCGUGUUGCGCAUGGGUUGGAGGAGCCGAAUGAUAAGGAGAAGGAGAAUGCGGCGGUGGAUGAUCAGAGUCCUAUUGCUCCUGCGCAAGGGAGUGAUGAGUAUGUGGAUUUUGAUGGGAAUAGGAAGCCCGUGAAGAAGUGGUUGGGUAUUUGGUAG